UCGAUGAUGACCAGCUCCAUUAACCUUGGUCCUUUCUGCAUUCAACUCUGUCUGUGUUUUCAAUAAAAUAGCAUCUCCUGUGUCACCUCAAGGCUACCUCGACAUGUCUGAAGAUAUGAGUCAGCUCACCAUCAAGAGCACGUUCAAAUUGUUGAGCGGCAAUACCAUCCCUCGAUUCGGGCUGGGAGUGUAUCAGUCUCGAGGAGAGGAAUGCUUUGAAGCUGUCAAGGAAGCUUUGAAGGCAGACUACAGGCAUGUUGACAGUGCCCAAAUGUACCGGAACGAAGAGCUGGUCGGCAAAGCAGUGAUUGAAAGCGGUGUUCCUCGAUCCGAGGUCUUCAUUACGACAAAAUACAACCCGAAUCACAAGAUCAGGACCACAGAGGACGUUUAUCAGGACUUGAAGAGUUCUCUACCGAAGAUUGACCCUUCCUCUGAAGGAGCCAAUGGGAGCAAGCCUUACAUCGAUUUGAUGCUAAUUCAUGCGCCGUGGGGAGGAGAUGAAGGAAGAGGGAACAACUGGGCCGCUUUGGCGAAAGCUCAGAAAGAAGGUUGGAUCAAAGACAUUGGAGUGUCGAACUUCGGGGCUAAACAGCUCGAAAACCUACCUGAACCAGUUCCCGUUAUCAACCAAAUCGAACUUCAUCCGUGGUGCCAACAGAGACCGACAGUGGCAUAUUGUCAGAAAAAAGGUAUCGCAGUGGAAGCCUACACGCCAUUGGUUCAAGCGCACAAGGAACGAUUCCAGGAACCUAAACUGUUGAGCAUUUGUAAAAAGCACGGAAAGGAUCAAGCGCAAGUCUUGAUCAGAUGGAGUCUGCAGAAGGGCUACGUUGUCAUUCCGAAAUCCGUGACGCCUUCUCGAAUCCGAUCGAAUGCUCAAGUCUACGACUUUAACCUCGACAAGGAGGACAUGGAUGCUUUAGACUCGUUAGACAUGGGUGCAGAUGGAGCAGUGACUUGGAAUCCCGUGGACAAGGACUAGUGCUGAUCAUGAG